AUGCUCGCAUCCGCGGAAUCCGCACACGAAUCAUCCGACAUGUUCUCUUCUAGCAUCGAUUCGUCCUUGGAAAGAGAGCUCUCGUCGGCGGGAAUCACGGGAUUCUCGAGCCUUAUCAAGCACGCGGGACUCAUGCCAGAGCUCGAACUCCGCGCGCGAUUCGGAUCCGCGCUGACCGUGUUCGCGCCGACCAACGUCGCGCUCAUGCGCGCGGACCCCGCGCUCCUCGCGUUCCUCAAGCUUCCGCGCAACGCCGCGCUGCUCCGCGACGUGCUCCUGUACCACGUGGUCGCGCGCCCCGUCUCCGCGUUCGCGUGGGAAGGGUCGUACGAGACGAUGCAAGGCGCGUCUAUCGCACUCCACGUGGACGCGCUGGCGUUCCAGGUCGGCGGAACCAGCGUCAAGCAGUACCGUGCGCUCACGCUCUCCUUGACUCCCCUCUCCCCCGAAGAGCGCCUUUCCGCCGCCACGUCCGCGCAACUAAGUGCCAAAGACGGGGAGAGCAGCACGGUCGUGGUUCACACCGUCAACGCGCUCCUCCUGCCUCCCUCCGUCGACGAAUUACUCUCUCUCACCGCCGGUCCUGCCGUCCUCUUCUCCGCCAAAUCAUUCUUCCCCUUCGCCUCCGCCUCCGCCAAAGAGCGCAUGGUGUGCGAUAAAUGUGCGAAGAAGCUGUCAAAGGUGAUUGUGCCGGACAAGUGGAAGGAGGGGGCUUCCAACACCACUGAGAGCGGCGGCAGGAAGAUCAACGAGAACAAGCUGCUGUCAAAAAAGAAAAGGUACACUCCGUACGCGUCAUCCGCAUCUUUCAAGUGCAUUAUUUGCAAACAGCAGCUGCACCAGGAGGGGAAAUACUGCCACCUAUGCUCAUAUAAAAAAGGUGUGUGUGCCAUGUGCGGCAAGCAGGUGCUUGAUACCUCCAUGUACAAACAAUCGGCUGUUUGA